AUGAUUCUCCCCUCACCGCGCAUCAAGCGCCUGCUCGUUCUCGUCUUCUUCUCCCUCCUCAUCGGCAACGCUCUGCUGUACCUGAUCUUACCAUACGACAACCCGCUCGUGCUGGCCUUCCGCUUCAACUUUUCGGGACUGCAGCUCUGGUUCCGCGGGUCCGGAAUCGAGAAGGACGCCUGGCUGUAUAAGCCGGCCAAGUACCCCAUCGAAUACCGCACCGAUGUGGGGUUGCUCAUCAAGACCGGCUACGGCACCCGGCAUCGCCUGGCCGCGCAGCUCGAGGCGUUCGACCUGACGACGGAAAACGCCGACGCCUUUGUCGUCGUGGGUGACUGGACGCCGCGCGCGGACAGCAAGAUCGGGGGUGUUGAAGUCCAAGAUGCUAUUGGCGGGGUGAUGGCCAUGCCCGAGAUGAGGUCCCACCACGAUGCGCCAAAGUUCCAGGAGUACCUGGCCCUCAAGGAGGCCGUGCAGAACGGCGACGACGCAAAGGCGACUGAGAUUGGCAAGAGCUUCGGGUGGGAUCUCGAUGCGCUCAAGUUCAUCUGGGGCCUCGAGUACGUCUACGACAACCUCCCGCCGAAAAAGUGGUAUGUCAUCCUCGACGACGAUACCUACCUCUACAUUGGCAACGCCGUCGGCGACUUCAAGGGACGUUUCGCGCACGGCGGGUCGGCGGUGGUCAUCUCGCACGAGGCGGCGAGGCAGCUGCUCUCGCGGCGCGACGUCGUGGCCGCGGCGCAGGAGCACUCGCUCGACGAGACGUGGGGCGACAAGCUCAUCGCGACGGCGUUCCAAAAGAUUGGCGUCUAUCUCGACGAACGCUACAGCCACUUCUUCAACGGGGAGCGGCCGAACAUCUCCAAGAUCAUGGCGGACCGGUUCUGCUCGCCGCUGGUGUCGUUCCACGGCGUGGCGGACCCCGAGGAGAUGAAGAAGAUCGGGGCCGCCUUCAGGGACGAGAGGAGCCCCGUGUUCUGGGGGCAGCUGUGGGAGAUUUACGGGGCGCCGUCGAUAGAGGAGUUCAAGCGGUCACCGAUCCGGAGCGGGCGAGACUACGUGGGACGGACCGACGAGCGGGCGAGAGUGCUGCCGUCAACAGAAACGGCGGAAGCGUGCUUGAGGGCAUGUGAGGGCCUGGCGGGCAAGUGCCUGGCGUGGACGUGGGUUGAGCAGAGCAGGGAGUGCAGGCUGAGCCCGUGGAUGAUCCUGGGCGAGCCUGUCGACGGCCACUACUCGGGCAUCAACGUCGGAGAGGUUGAGAAGCUGCAGCAGAGCUGCUGA